AUGGACAUUGAUGCCGCAAGAACCCAUAGAAAAUUGCAAUUGAAUGACCUCGAGGAGAUUAGGGAUGAAGCUUAUGAGAACGCGCUCAUUUACAAGGAGAAAACCAAGGCCACCCAUGACAAGAUGAUUCGUGGCAAGACAUUUUCUAUAGGGCAGAAAGUGCUACUCUUCAAUUCCCGUCUUUGGUUGUUUCCAGUUCAAAUUCAAAGUUUGAAGACGGGACAUGAAUUCAAGGUCAAUGGACACCGUUUGAAGCCUUAUUAUGAGACUUUUGAGGAGCAUGCCGUCGAGGACAUACCCCUCCAUGCCGUGGGCCAUAGUCAAGCUUAA